GAGGUCAGAAGAUUAUCAGAAGCAACUGAUCAUCAUGGUCUUGAAGAGUGAUGAAGAGAAUCCUCUGAACAAUGAUGAAUUCAGAAGAACUAUUGUUCUUGAUGUAUGCACUGGUGCCACAGGUGAAGAGAUCAUGAGUACAUUUUCCAGCCCGGGAGCCAAACUGGAGCCUGAAACACCUGCCAGUCCUGGAAAAUGUGCUGGGGAAGAGCACAGACUGAUGGGGCAGUGA